AUGGACGCAAGAGGUCCUCUCAAAGGCACAUUCGACCGUCUCUGCACCGUGUACGGCACGAAACUAACAGCGUGGAAGUACUACAAGAACUUGAAGAAAAUUAGACCAGGGGCAGACGAUACGGCCCUACCGGACGGCUACAUGAGUAUAUGCGCUUUUAUCGCAGCGGAAAAUACAUGCAACUUUGACGUAACUUUCAGGAGUGCUUACGCCCAAGCUGAGCUAAAGAGCGAAGUCCAGUUCUGGCGUCACCUGGACGAGGUCGAAGAAAUACUGCUAGCUGCGAAUAACAACACUGAACAACCUCGCAUUUACUACAGCCGACUGUCUACUUUCGAUCCUCCCUGCCCACAUUGCAGACAAAACGAUACGAAAUGUUAUCGCGUUCAUGCUGUGGGGGGAAAGAGAACAAGCAAGAAGUGCAACCCUUGCUUCCAAGCGCAUCGACCAUGUACGCCUAUCCGUAAUGAGGACGAGGAUUCUGAAAAUGACUCUAAAUGGUCGCCACCGAGGAAAAAGAAGUCCAUUGAGGAACGCUGCAACAGGAUAGAAAAACGGGAAGAGAAGCAGACUCAGAAGCGACAGACAAUGAGCACAGAGUGCCCCAAAUUGCCGCCUUUCUCUGGCAGCUUUCCUGCUAACCGGACUCAAGAGCCUUCUUCCUCCUCUUCCUCCUCCUCUGAACCUCCUGCUGUCAGUCGAUUCACGUCCUCCUCUUCGAAGCAAACCAGUGUCCGCUCAGGGACUGCCAAUAAGGCCCGUCCCUCCCAAAGUUCUUCAUCUAAAGCUGCGACCAAGCCUGGGGCCGUCCCAGCGGAGCCUACAGCCACGCAGUCACUAGACCCCUCACAAGGCCCCUCACGACGCCCUGCAGAUAACGAACGGCAGCCAUUAAUCUCAAGUAACAUGCCACCCGACGGUAAGACUUCACCGGCACCUUCUCUGAAUGCUUUUCGAAAGCCUGGUCCUGGUCGCUCUUCACAAGGAUUUGUGACCUCUACACCAGCCGUCAGGCAGUCAACCCCCCCUGACGAGAAGCGUGCCACCGACUCAAUGCUGGUCACCGGUCCUUUUUCCAUGCCAUUGCAGCCCGUCAAGCCACAUUCGUCUACGGGUGGCGUCAAGAACGAACGCUCCAACAAUAGCCCCGGCCAGAGUAGCGGCCGCGCAUCUACCACGUUUCCCGUCAUACCAUCUGCCGCACCGACCUCCGCGAGUAAACAGGAGCGCCCCGUCAAACCGUCCGGAUCCGGGCUCGGAUCAGAGAGUGCUCGGAGCCGACGAGCUUCUGCAGCUCAGGUACCAACCGCACAGCGAUCCCAGGCUCAAAUUACGCCUUCCGUACCCGCGCCACAAAACCAGCCGCCUGAGGUUCCGCAUUUCAGCUUUACUCCGGUGAACGGCUUGAGCGGCUAUGGCGGCGUCGAGAUACCGACAACCCUGGAGCCUGCCUUUGAGUCCACACCUACGCCAAGGCCCUCACCUCGCGGCAGGUUGGUUGGAACGCCGAAAACGGUGUCGCCCGGAGCAGAUGGAGAUCAAAUCGGCACAAUCCCGGUGAAGAGGCCUUCGGAGGACAUGGAUACGCAGACGAGGAAAAAGCGGAAGACCAACGCUGUGGGCCUUGCCACCACUAGGGUCCAGAGUGCAUUCCUACCUGCAAGCCACAGUACAAUUGCAUCUGCUGCACAAAGCAGCUCCGGCGCUCAGCCGACUCCGCCUCACUCCAUAAACCACACACCCGUCGCAGACGAUAGUGCCUCACAGCCACCCCCACCCACGCCUACCCCGGCAAACCUUCUCGCAAGUUUGUCGUUUGUGAAGUCACAGCUACCUCGGCAGAUCGAAGAACUUCCCUGUCAACCUCGCGCUUCGGUGCCGACGAGGCUUCCAACACCUGUCAGCCCCACGACCCCGUUUGCGAUUAGUGGCGGAAGUCCUAUACCUGGCAGUGCUGAAACCGUCCGACAUGAAGCGUCGCGCUGCUCCAGGCAGGCCUCGCCUCAGCGACCAUCGGACCCACGCUUAUUGCCCACACCUCGCUCUAGCAUGUCUGCUCCCAUUCAUACUCCGCCCACAACACCUGCUGGUUUGCCCAAGCCUGCGCUAAGCACGCCUGAGCAGGACGCAAUCAUGCAGGGCUCCGUUUCUGCUCCGCCAGAACCCAAGACUCCUCAGCUCCCCUCGUGGGCCCAGAUCUCAGCUUCGGCGCAUCCCCCUCCGAGCGCGUCCGCGUCUCCCGCUCUUCCAGCACCCAACCCUCCGCCUACCCACGCGCUUGCGACGCCGCCCAUAUCUGCACACAAUUCCGCUCCCGCGUCGUCGUUUAUGUCCCCGACGCACAAGCAGUACCUCUCGUCCGUAUCCCGCAAGGCGCAGGAGAUCGACCGGCACGUCGCCGUCAACGCGUGCGCGCACCUCGACUUGUUCUUCGCGAUCUCGGACAUGGCACGGCGCGCUGCGAAGUUCGACGCGCUGCUGCUGCGCCAUGCGCAGGAGAGCGCCGUCAACGCGCUCGGUGGGAUGCUCCGCCGCGCUGGCGGUGAGGUCGUCGAGCGCUGGAAGGAAGUGCAGGCACGUGGAGAGGAAGUCGCGGAUGAUGUGCUGGACAUUCUCCUUGAGGACCUCGAGGAGCGGCUGGAGAAGAUGGAGAACGAGCGAGUGUAG